AUGAAUUUUGAUUCUCGCUCGCGAGUCAUCCCGUCCGAGGAGAACGAUCGAGAUUUCUUCCAUACCUUGAGCCAAUCCGAAGAUACAAUGACAGCCUCUAACGAUGGUUUCACGGGCUGGGGGUCAAUCAUGGCAGACGUUGAUCCGUCCAUGUUUGCUUCACAUCUUGAUCUUCUCAAUGUUCCGGUGAUUUGGGAAUCAAUGCAUUCCGAUUUUAAUUACGAUCUUGAUCGUUAUCGCACCAUGACCCCUGAUACGGAGCCUCCUCUUUCUUCUACAGAGAAUCAUGUGCACACAUCAACUCCAUACCAUAGAAGAUAUGACAACCAAUACUCUUUAUCCUCUACCUCCUCGGCAGCUCACAAUAUGGGUUUCCUGACUCAGGCACCCCCAGUCCGUCACCCCAACAUUACCAACACAAACGAGACCGGCAAGCCAUACGCUACGUCUGAUACUCUACGCUAUGGGCCAGUGAUCAAAUGUCAUUGGAAAGGAUGUCGGUAUAACGGUACUUUCGGACGGAGCACAGAGUUGAAACGACACGUGGAAACGCAGCACAUCUCUCCCAAUGCAUUCAGAUGUUCAUUCUUGGGAUGUAGCAAGUCAUACAACCGAGAAGAUAAUCUGAAGAGUCAUUCAAAGCGAGUCCACGACUCGAGAGUCUGA